UUCUCCUCGGGAUGCUCUUUAAUGGGCUUACUUCUUUUGGCAUCGAGCUCAACGUCUCCGGAAUGUCGGUUCCAUCUGUAGAUGAUAAGGCCGGUGGUGCUUCCGUCCCUUCCCGUUGCCUAACGAAGCACCUUGCCGGUGCCAUACCCCUCGCCAUACUCCUUCUCUGGUCUGCCGACGCUUUUGUUGUCCGCGGCUGCUCACGCCCCUUGUACCUCCAACUCCGCGAUUACCUCGGCCCAAUCUCCACCAAAUCCUUCUCUACAGCUGCAGCUGUUGCCUCCCCGUUCCCGAUCCCUCCAGCAUUUCCCAAAAGAUGGAUCUCCAAUUUCAGUUCUCUCAAUUACACCUCCAAAAUCAUCUCCCGCUGGCUAACCCCAGGUGGCGUGGCCUGCCGCGACUCCCACACCGCCGCCAUCUCCAUUCCUGCUCUCCAAUCCUCUUCUCUUCCCGUCUUCCUCACCGCCGGAGACAUCCACGAGUUCACAUUCCUUGCCCUCGACGUCUCCCUACGUCCCCGUUGCCUUGGCGGUGAUUACUUCGAAACAGACCUCUCAAGCGCCUCAUGGAAAUCCCGGCCCCCCAUCCUUGAUCAUGGAAACGGCUCAUACACUUUCCGUCUCCAGCUCCACCCACGUUUCGCCUCCGAAAACGCUACCUUUACCCUCUCCAUCGUACUGCUCUUCCGCUCCUUUGACGGCCUUAAGCUUUCCCCCGACCGCUUCUCCCUCCGCCGUGAGCUCAGCCGCAUCACUAUCAAAUUUCUCCUCCCUCGCCCAUCUGGCGACCUUCCCGACCUUCAGAUCUGCCGCGCUUCUGACUUCUUUCUCCCAGCGUGGUCCGGCCGCUGGACCCGCCUCACCCGAAACGACUCCUGCGCUGUGGACCGCGCAGGGCGCUACCGUUGCCUUGACCCUGCUCUACCCUGCGAACGUCCGUGGUGUGCCGGAUCGCUCGCCGCCCUCGAAAGUAACGGCUGGGUUUACUCUGCUCACUGCGCCUUCCGUCUCUUCGACCAUUCCUCGGCCUGGCGAUGCCUCCGUGGCAAAUGGCUCCUUUUCUGGGGCGACUCUAACCAUGUCGAUACCAUCCGCAACCUCCUUAAUUUUGUUCUAGGCCUCGUAGACAUUGAUGCUGUCCCACGCCGCUUCGAUCGCUACUUCAGCAACCCCGGGAACGAUUCCGAGACUCUAAGAAUCACGAACGUUUUCAACGGCCAUUGGAACGAUAGCCUCAACUACCUCGGCCUCGCAUCACUUCGCAAUCCCCCCUUCCGCAGUCUCCUUUGGAAAUACCUGGACGAACCCGGCGGCCGUUCCCCCGACGCCAUUGUCCUCAACUCAGGCCUACAUGACGGAAUCUACUGGAAGAGCGUCCGCAGCUUCGCUAAUGGAGCGGAGGAUGCCGCCAGAUACUGGGAGGCGCUAAUGGCGCGCGUGCACCGUAAGCAGCCAGCCGGUGAAGCGUUUCCAAGGGUUUUCUACCGGACGACUGUCGCCACCGGCGGGUUUGCGAGGGAUAUGGGUUUUAAUCCGUGCAAGAUGGAGACUUUUGAUGGGAUUUUGAAGGAGAAGCUGGCGGCUAGGGGAGUGCUGACCGGCGGUGUUGUGGACGAGUUCGACAUGACUUUCCCCUGGCAUUACGAUAACCGUUGUAACGACGGUGUGCACUACGGCAGGAAGCCGGCGAUGACUAAAUGGAGGGACGGCCAGAUUGGCCAUCAGUAUUUCGUUGAUCUCAUGCUUGUCCAUGUUCUUCUGAAUGCGUUUUGCAAUGGCUGAUGAAAAGUUUUUUUGGUUAAUGAUAUUUGUUUUGAAUGAUAUUGUGCGCUUGUAAAUUAUAGUUGGAGAUCUUGUUAUCAUCUGUUGAAGUGUAUUAAUUCUGUAUCAAAAUUAACGCAAGCAAGAGAUAUAGAAAAGAACAUUAUAACAGAAA